CGGCAUAAAAUCUUGAAAAAUUGUAUGUGUUCAUCCUAAACACACAGACACCUUCACACGUGUUCUAAGGCCACAAUAAUACAAGUUUUCCUCAUUAAAACUAAUUCUUACACUUUGUUUGCACAUGCUAAUGCAGUGUUGCUGAAAUGUCACUAUUGCAUGUCACCUCUCAUAGUUUGUGUCUUGCCCUGUUUGUGGUCUUUCUCUGCUCUUUUUCUUGCCAGACCCCCAAGCAGUCACAGCUGAUGGCUACCCCUACAUAGAGGUCUCUUCCUUUUAAAGGAAGUUUUUCCUCCCCACUCUCGCUAGGUGGUUGCUUAUCAUUGAAGUGCCUAUUGGUGUGAACUGGUGGUAUAUAAAUAAAAUGCGGUCAGGGAUUAUGAGGAUUGGUUUUAGAGUCAGCUGUAUUUGAAUCUGCAGUUUCCAGCACUUCCACAGCCCCAGAGGGACUUUAGAAGAUAUCAACUAAAGACCAAAAGGAACUUAAAAUCCAAUGCAAGCAGCAAAUUGGUGAUCACCUCAGCUGCUUUCCAAGACCACAUAAUGCGAAGCCUGCUGCAUCCAGAUUUCUCACUUUCUGACCCUUUGCGGAGACGCAGUAGAGGCAAACAUCCCCAGGUGAGAGAAGGAGUGGAAGAAAGGGAUCUGCAAAGGCGACAUGAGCAAGAAGAGAGAGAAUACGUGCUUGGCCCUGCUCCACCGCCGUUAACUUUAGCUCAAAAGUUGGGUUUGGUGGCCUCCCCUAGAGAGAGACUGACAGAGGAUGAGUGGACCCGGGUCAAAGGAAGGUCCGUUCAGCAGGAGGAAUCAGCUCAGCCCUGUGCAAUAUGCAGGGAGGAGUUUCGACUCCAGCCUCAGGUGUUGCUAUCCUGCUCUCACGUUUUCCACCGAGCGUGUCUGCAGGCCUUUGAGAAGUUUUCUGGGCGGAAGCGCUGCCCGCUGUGCAGAAGGGAGCCAUAUGAAACACGUGUCAUCAACGAUGCAGCUCGCCUUUUCCGACAUCGGUGUGCCACCAGGAUUCAAGCGUACUGGCGAGGUUACAUGGCUCGUAAAUGGUACAGAACUAUCAAGAAAAGCAUCUGCCCAAAAGACAAAAGGCUGAGACGUCAGUUUUUCGAAUCAAGGUUGCAGGAGUUGAAUGACAGCUUUGUCCGAUACUGUCACACCGACACGGAGGCUUUUCUGAGUGAUAUCGACCGCUCGCUGUCAUCAAGCAGACGAGUGUUCCAGCAGCUGGAGAGAAAGAGCGUCUCCGAACCUCAGGAGAACGACUGGGACCGAAUAAAGAGCCAGGUUAUCCAGAGAGGUGUGUGGGACUGCCCCAUCUGCCUGACUGCACUGAGCAACCUCAGCCUCCCGACAGUAUCGGAGAGAUCCAACCAUCAACAGCGGAGACCAACCGUGCUCCUGUCCUGUUCCCACCUUUUCCACCAGCUCUGUCUUGAGGCCUUUGAGGCCUUCUCUGCAGAUAGCAGACCUUUGUGUCCACUGUGCAGAUCUGCGUACCACAAAAAACUCAUCUAAUAGGAUGGAGAUGGCAAUCUGGAUGAAUCCAUGUGGGUCACUCAAUAUAAAAUCAGAAUCAGCUGUAUAAAAUACUAAA